AUGAGAGCACUACAAGCACUUUCUUGUUUCACGUGGCUGAUGCGGGUUGCGUUGUCGGUCGGCGUUCCCUCACAGCCUGUACUUGACGAAGCUCGAGACCUUAGCGACCGCCCGUUGCAAACUAUAGUCACCUAUGAUACCGACUCAGUGUUUGCUCACGGCGAGCGGGUUUUCCUGCUCGCCGGUGACUAUCAGCCUUUCCGUCUUCCUGUCCCGAGCCUGUGGAUUGAUAAUUUCCAAAAGAUUAAGGCCAUGGGCUUCAACGCAGUCUCCUUUUACGUUUACUGGCCUCUUCUUGAAGGCAAGCCUGGCAAGUUCUCAGCCGACGGUGUGUUUGCCCUUGAGCAAUGGUUCAAGGCAGCCACUGACGCUGGAAUCUACUUGAUCGCUCGACCUGGGCCUUAUAUUCACUCGGAAUCAUCAGGAGGGGGGCUGCCUGGUUGGAUGCAGCGGGUUCAAGGGACCCUACGCACGUCCAAAGGCGGAUUUCUUGACGCUAUAGAGAACUAUCUUUCCAGUGUAUCACGGAUCAUUGCCAAAGCUCAAAUCACCAACGGUGGGCCAGUGAUUCUGGUUCAAGCUGAAAACGAAUACUCGGAGUUUGGCGGCAACGAAACUGGCCCUGACGGCGGGUACAUGAAACACAUUAUCAAUAUCCUGCGAAGGGAAGGAAUCGUGGUCCCAAUCACAAACAAUGAUCAUUCCAACAGCGCUGUCAGUGCUCCAGGAAGCGGCAUAGGCGCUGUUGACAUUUACGGCUACGACAACUACCCCAUUGGCGUAGGAUGCUGGAACCUCUAUGACUGGCCUGCCGGAAAUCUCCAAGAAGACUACUGGGUUAAGCACCUCAGAAACAGUCCCAACACCCCUCAUGCCAUAAUGGAAUUCCAGGCGGGCUCGGGAGGCUCCUGGAAAGAAAAAAACUAUGACAUCUGCUCGGAAUCCGUCAACGAAGUGUUUGAGCGAGUUGUCUAUAAGAACAACUACGCUUCCGCUGUCAAAAUCAUGAAUUUGUAUCUCACAGCUGGUGGAACUAACUGGGGUAAUAUCGGAUAUCCUUUGUUUUACACCAGCUACGAUGUCGGCGCAAUGAUUCGCGAGGACAGGACUCUGAACCGUGAGAAGUACGCGGAAAUGAAGCUUCAGGGCCAAUUCUUCAAAGUCACCCCUGCGUAUCUGGAUUCACGGCCCGUCAAAUCCGAUACCGAGUCUUUUACCAACGAUACUUCUCUGAGAGUUACUCAAUUGUCUCGUGAGGGGAGCAAUACAUCUCUAUAUGUCAUCAGACACGCUGCCUAUGAAAGCCGAGCUGUUACGCCCUACAAGCUUAAGAUAUCGACAAGUCGAGGAAGCCUUAACGUUCCAUACUUCGAGUAUGCAUUGACAUUAAACGGACGUGACUCCAAGAUUCACGUAUCUGAUUAUGAUGUUGGUGGUAAAACACUCCUUUAUUCCAGCGCAGAGGUUCUUACUUGGAAGAAAUAUGAACACAAGACGGUUCUUGUUCUAUAUGGAGGUCCAAACGAAAGUCAUGAGGCUGCAAUUGUCACGGAUGCGGAUAUUGCGAGAAUUGAAGGGAAAGAAAUCCGCACACAUGUUUCUGGAGGCGUUGUGAGAUUUGGCUGGGACGUCUCGACGCAAGAAAGAACAGUUCUCAAGAUCGAUAACUUAUACGUAUACUUACUCGAUCGAAACAGCGCGUAUAAGUACUUUGUACCUAUUCUACCUUCAAAAUCAAGGGGUUCCUACGGAAGUUCGGAAAGUAACCCGGAUGCUGUGAUUGUUAAAGCCGGGUAUUUGGUUCGCCAGGCAGCCAUUGAUGGUCCCAUUCUCGACAUUUCGGCCGAUUUCAACGCCACCACAGAAGUUGAAGUCAUCGGGUGUCCAGCUGGAGUCACUCAGCUGAGAAUCAACGGAAAAUCAGUUCAUACCUCUCAUGGCAAGGGCGAGAGCUUGUCAGCCAUUGUGGAGUAUCAGGCACCAUCCAUUUCCUUGCCAGAGCUGAUCAACGCCUCGUGGAAGUAUGCUGAUGGACUUCCUGAAAUCCGAUCUGAAUACGACGACACCAAGUGGAGGAUCGCGGACAACACGAUGACAAACAAUGACUUUAUUGAGCAACUGACUCCAACCGCGCUCUACGGUAGCGAAUACGGUUUCCAUUCCGGAUAUCUCGUUUUUCGCGGCCAUUUUACUGCUUCUGGAGGAGAACAAGAACUCAAUCUUACUACCUCUGGGGGCUACGCAUUUGGCGACUCUGUUUGGCUUAAUGACACUUACCUCGGCUCCUGGGAAGGCGAAACAGACACAUUCAAGAAAACAAGCAUCUAUAAGUUGCCAUUCGCCUUGAAACAGGGUGCAAAUUACGUCUUGACGGUCAUCGUUGAUAACAACGGACGCGACAUGAAUUUUGAAGUGGGUGUCAACACGAUGAAGGCACCACGCGGCAUCCUUGACUUCAAGCUUGGUGACACCCGAAUCGAGUGGAAGAUCACUGGCAAUCUUGGCGGCGAGGACUACGCUGAUCAUGUGCGGGGUCCUACCAACGAAGGUGGCAGCUAUCCUGAACGACAAGGAUGGCACCAGCCUCAGCCGCCGUCGUCAGACUGGAAGUCUCUCACACCCGUGGACGGACAGCCGGAUCCUGGCAUUGGCUUCUUCACAACCGAAUUCGAUCUUGACAUUCCAGUGGGCUGGGACGUUCCAAUCGAUGUCCUGUUCACAAAAACCGAGACGACACGUAAAUUCCGCGUCCAGCUUUUUGUGAAUGGCUGGCAAUUUGGAAAGUUCAAUGGAUUGAUGGGACCUCAGCUCGCAUUCCCUGUUCCAGAAGGUAUUCUUAAUUAUCGAGGAAGGAACACCAUUUCUCUCACUUUAUGGAAUCAGGAAAAAAGCGGUUCUGUGGGUGUGGAGGGUAUAUCACUCAAGGCUAAUGUACCUGUUCUAACUGGCCGGCCGCCUGUCGAAGUAGUGGACUCCCCUGCAUGGUCUGCUCGAGAGAAAGCAUACUAA